AUGCCGGGGGAGGCGGUCACGCUGCAGCUCGGGCACUACUCGGGCUGCGUGGGCGCGCACUGGUGGGGGCUGCAGGCCGCCUCGCUGCGCGGUGCCCCCGAGCCCGGCGAGCUCCGCCCGGCCGCGCUGCUCCGCUUCGGGCCGGGCCCGGGCGGCCCCGAGACCCCGGCGCCGCGGCUGGUGGCGCUGGAGCUGAAAGGCGGCGUGGGCUCGCUGGGAGCCGAUGGAGCGGGCACGGAGCCGCCGGUGAGCUGGGACGGGGCCGUGGCCGAUUACCGGGACCGAGCCCCGGCCGGGGGCCGCUCGCCGCGGGACACCGGGAGCCGCAGGGGAGACGCCGCCGGGGACGGGAAGGGGAAUCCCGGCGCUGCCAGGACAGGGGCCCAGGACGCUCCCUCCGUGCGGCUCUGGUCCGAUUACCUCAACGUGCACCUGCACCCCAAGAGCGUCUACGUGAUCCGGCAGUACCUGCAUGAUGGGGACUGUGGUUGUCUCGAAGCCUUUGGGCAAGGUGAAAGUCUCCUGCAGGACCCUGCCUGCAUCGAGGAGUUGGAAGAUCGGCUGCACUUCUAUGUUGAGGAGUGUGAUUACCUUCAGGGGUUUCAGGUCCUCUGUGACCUUCACAAUGGAUUCUCUGGAGUUGGUGCCAAGGUGACAGAGCUGCUCCACGAUGAGUAUUCACGGAAGGGGAUCCUGACCUGGGGCCUGACUCCAGUCCUGAGUACUGUGGGAGACCCUCGGAACAGUUUUUACAGACUGAUGAACACGGCCCUGGGCAUUGCUCACCUCUCUCGCCACAGCUCUCUCUUCUGCCCUCUGUCACUCAGUGGGAGUUUGGGAAUCAAGCCAGAAGCUCCUGUGACGUUUCCAUACAUAAAAUACGAUGCAUCCCUGAACUACCACAGCAGCGCCAUUUUGGCAGCAGCACUCGACACCCUCACGGCUCCCUACCGGCUCUGCUCCUUCCAGGGCUCCAUGCUGCACUUUGCUGACUCGCUCACCUUCUCUGGGAGGAAGGUCGUGGCUGCAUGGGCGGCUCUUCCCUUCCCUGCCUUAUCUGGCUCCUCGCUGCCCGAUAUCUUAAGUGCCCACCAGCAGGACGUGCCCUGGAAGCUUCUGUCCUCGUGGAGGGAGCAAAAGGUCAGCUGCUGUUUUGCUCAGUCUGUUGUGCUACGAGGAACUUGCCAAGAGAAACGCAGCAGCAGCUGCCCGGGCCAGCCCCGGUCCUCCUUGCACAGCUGUGAGAGCCCUGAGCAGAUGCUCCAGCAAUUCUUGCACACCCAAUUCCCAGGAGCCUGCAGCACAUCCCACGUGCUCCAGCAGCCCUGCCACACCCGGCCUCCCUUCCCUCAGUUCUUCUCUCCUCUCCUCACCAGACGAGGCUUCCUCCUGGACAAAGCUCAGGGCAACUCCUCAGGAGGUGUCGAGAGCAUCCCCGUGCUGGCAGCGCUGCGGAGCUGCCCCGGGCUGCGCUCGCUGCUGGCGGCGCUGUGCCGGGAGCUGCGGGUGCCAAAGGCGCGGCGCUGCGGCGGCUCCGGCCUGGAACACGACGACGUCCAGGAGGCCCUGGAGGAGCUGAAGACUCUGGCCCAGUGCUAUGAGACGGGGUUUGGAGCAUCUGAGGAUGAAGCAGACUCGGAAUAACCCAACUUUUAUUUACCGGGGGGGAGUGAGUGGCUGGAAGAGCGCUCCCAAAAAUAAAGGGGUUUUUUUUGGA